GGGGAUUUGGUUUGGUUGGGUUGAGGGGGUUGAUGUUGGAUGGGAAUUCGGUGGACGAUUCGUGGGGGACUUGGGUGUUACAGAAACCUUCAAUGAUCCGAAUCACGCCAAACACGGAAAAACCAAGGAUAACUAACGACUAACCCACACAUCGAACGGUCGCCCACAACACCAACCUCAUCCCAUCCGGUCUCUUAAUACUAGCAUCCCCUCGAUCUACGCUCGAGCGCGUUGUGAAUGUUGAAAGUCCGAGGGAGAAGAUAUGGAUACGUAGUCAGAAAUUGCAUAGGUGACGGAAAUUUUCGGAUUUUAGCUUGGCAUCUUGGCAUUCUGGGUAUGACACAUGUCGGGGAUGGUAAAUACUUCAGGGGUAAAUAUGAUCACAGCAUAUCAUAUCAGAUGAUCAGAUCGCGCACUUUGAUGAGAUCAGAUAUCACUUCUCGGCGAAACUGCUCGGUACAUAUAUGAUGAAUGAUCACAAUCACUCAGAAGAAAACUUACUAGCACAAUCCCGCUACCACCACUGCACAAAAACUCAACUACAGUCGAAACGAACACCACCCAUAACCGACAAUCAAGCAACCAAAAACGAAUGCUCUCCCGAACUCACCUCCUUCGCCGCCGCCUUCUCCUCGCCAUACCGACGAGCCGACCCUACAGCACCCUAAAAUCAACCCCCUCGCCUCCUCGCCUCCCCCCGGAAGCCCAAAAGGAAUUCGAGGCCCUCCAAAAAGCUGCGCGCGACUCCUUCAAGACUUCCACUUCUCCAGCCGCCCCGGCGGAGGCUCAUGUGAAGGUGGAGGACAUGUUGCACCCAGACGUGAGGUGUGGGGCGAAGCCGGAGUUUGAAGGGGAUGUUAACCCAAAGACAGGGGAGAGGGGUGGGCCAAAGAAUGAUCCGCUAAGGUAUGGGGAUUGGGCAUUCAAUGGGAGAGUUAGUGAUUUUUGAGGCCGGGGGGCGGGAGGGUAUGAUAGAGAUGGAGGUAGCGUAGACGGGGUCAGGUUAAGAAAUUUGGGGGGAGGAAGAAGGGUGGAGGUGUGCUGCGCUAUGCUGUGCUGUGGUGGUAUCGUGAUGGAUUGGAACGGGUCCGACUCGGCUCAAUUCAAGCACAAACAAGUGCGCUACUACUUUUGCGCUGUGGUCUAUUAUGGAAGGAGGGGGCUUCGGAGUUGUCUUCUGAUUCAUAUGCUCUGCCGCUGAUCUCCCAAUUGUACUGUAAAGUAGCUUCCUCACUCUCACACCGCCUCAUUAUUUUCUCCUCUUCUCAAAAAAUAAAUGAGUCUAUCAAGGCAA